AGCCAACUUCAGUUAACAAGUGACAAGUGUGCAGUGCAUACAAAUAAGAAAUUUGCUGAAGAAAACGAGAGAAUAAGCGAAAAUGAACAGCCACGAAUCGUUGCACUCCCUUGCCGCUAAGAGACGCCGAAUGGCCCAGCCUCAGCGGGUGCACAAAUUUGGAGAGGGCGUCUUGGCUGACAUUGCCCGUCUGUGCAUGAACGAUCUCUAUUCGGACGUGUCGUUCUUUGUGGAGGAUCAGCGCAUAUCGGGGCAUUGCGCGAUUUUGGCCACGCGCUGUGAAUACUUUCGCGCCAUGCUCUUCGGAGGUUUUACGGAGGAACGACAAAUCCGACUGCCCGAAGUGCCGCUGGAGGCAUUCAAGGUAAUCCUCGGCUAUCUAUACUCGGGCACUAUGUCCAUAUCCACACUAGACGUGGAUGCCAUCUUGCAGGUGCUCAGCCUGGCCAAUCUGUAUGGCUUGCCGGAACUCGAGUCGGUCCUAACCGAAACUCUGCUGGAAAAUCUGGAAGUUUGCAACGUGUGCGCAAUCCUGGAUACAGCGCGCCAAUACAGCAUGGAAGACCUGAACAUGAAAUCAUUAAAUUUCAUCGAUACCAAUGGGGCCCAGGUGAUGGAAGACGAUUUCUUUCUAAUGCUGUCCAAGGAAUCACUUGAAGAAGUCCUUCGGCGCGAUACUUUUAUUGCCGAAGAACUGAAGAUCUUUCAAGCGGUACACAAAUGGAGUCUGCACAACCCGGACGUGGACAUCAAGUCGGUUGUCUCGCUUGUACGUCUCCCUCUCAUUAAGGUCGAGGACCUGGUGAGUACGGUUCGUCGCUCUGGAAUCGUCGACCCAAACAACAUAUUUGACGUCAUCGAUAAAGCAACCAAGCCGGAGAAUCUGCCCUAUCGUGCCAGACAGUCUCCGGGCGUAGAUGUGGCCUUAUGGGUAACUCGUUCGAUUGUCACCAAGAGUGAGAUCUUAAUAGAGCUGAGCUUCUGGCAUAUGAUCAAUUAUAUAAAUAUCGCAGGUUUAAGAAAUUCAACAUAUAUACUCGAUUGCAUCGUGGAAAUCUCUUGCGACAUGACCCACUGGGUCAACUUGGGAAGUUUCACAUUUUCAAUCCCCACGAAAAUGUUUGUCACCUUCGCGCGCAGGCCUGUUCGUUUCAUUCGGAUCAAGCAGCUUAGCCGCAAGAAUUACUUUAAAGAUAUAACCAUUAGCGCACUUCUAAGCACCGAUACUUAGAUGAUGACUUGGGAUACUGUGUGACAAAAGCAACCUGAAGACUUGUUCCUUUUCUUUAUCCUUUGAAUGGAUUAUUUUUACUUCUGAUUACUUUAAUUAAUUUCUUCUAUGAAUUUAAUUCAUAUAACUAAAUAAAAGACUUGUUAUAACGUUGUUGUUGGGCCUGUAA